CUCGCCGUUGUUCCGAGCGUUUCGUUGUUUUCCUAACCGAACAUUCGUUGUUUGGACGUCGCGUUGUUCGGACGUGUUCCUCCACCUUAAACGCGUAUCUUGCGAAUUCGAUCUAUCUGCGAGGAGAAGAUAGCCAAAGUCGUGUUUUUAGGAGGCGAUUGAGUCAAGGAUUGCAAAAACGGGCGUUUGGCAUUGCUCAUACGCAGCGUGUGACGGGAUUUCAAAAAGGGUCUGCCGCAAUCCAUCGCCUGACCACCACCGCAGACCCAUAUCCAUACCCGUACCAACCACCAAGAUCAAGAUGGUUCAGGAACAGGGGGAGACCAAGCCACUGCCAGAGUCCUUGCUGAAGAUUGCCAAGCGGGAGCUGCGCGAGGAUCGCUGCACACGUGACCAGAGCCUGGAACAGUUACGAAACUGGGUGGCCAAAAACGAGGAUCUUCAGAAUGUUCGGUGCGACGAUACCUUCCUGCUGAGGUUCCUGCGGGCCAAGAAAUUCAGCGUCCCGAUGGCCGAGCAGACGCUGCUGAAGUACCUGAACAUUCGUCGCACCUUCCCGCACAUGAGCACCCAACUGGACUACCUAGAGCCGCGACUGGGCGACCUCAUCGAUCAGGGAUAUAUCUUCGCGGUUCCACAGCGGGAUAAGCACGGACGGAGGGUGGUGGUAAUCAAUGCCAAGGGACUGAACCCCAAGAUCCACACCAGCUGCGAUCAGGCCAAGGCACACUUCCUCACGUACGAGUGCCUGAUGGAGGAUCAGGAGACACAGAUCACCGGCCUGACGCACGUGGGUGACUUUGCUGGCGUCUCCACUGCGCAUGUCACGAAUUGGAAUCCCACGGAGUUCGCCAGGAUCUUCAAGUGGGGCGAACAGUCGCUGCCGAUGCGCCACAAGGAGAUCCACCUGAUCAAUGUGCCCUCCACCCUCAAGUGGCUCAUAGACUUUGUGAAGAACCGCGUCAGCUCGAAGAUGAAGAACCGCCUCAUUAUCUACGGCAGCGAAAAGGAGCUGAUGAAGGGCAUGGAUCCGGGCUGCUUGCCCCUGGAGAUGGGCGGUACUAUGCCCAUGCGCGAGAUGAUCGAGCUGUGGAAACAGGAGCUGGCGGCCAAGCGCGAUCUCAUCCUUGGCCUGGACAAGAGUGUCCUCCUCUCUGAUCGCGGCAUCCAGCGGAGAAGCAGCUUCAACGCUGAGAAGGCUUCCACCGGCGGACCCAACUUUGUAUCACAGAUCGAGUCCAUCGAGGGCAGCUUUCGGAAGCUGGAGUUCGACUAGCCGUCGGGAUCUAGUAUUAGUUUUUAGUUUAUAGUCGUAGGCAUCAUCCGUAACCCCCAAUGCGCAACGCUUCGCUGGUCCGGUACCCCGAUCCCGUCAAGAGCUGAUCCCGGGGAUCUCCGCUUUGCUUUUCGGUGGCACCCGCUUUACUCAUCCUGCGCUUCUUUGUAUACUGUUUGUGUUUGACGUACAAUAAACAUGAGGAAUAAUUU